AUGGCCUAUUUUACCUUUUUGUUCUUGGUCGGUUUAGUGUUGGGGUUUGUUGCUGUGGCUUCUAAUCCUGCACCUUAUUUUGCGGCUUUGGGUUUGGUAGUUGUGGCUGCGAUUGGGUGUGGAAUGUUAGCGAGCCAUGGGGGUUCUUUUUUGUCGUUGAUUUUGUUUUUAAUUUAUUUGGGUGGUAUAUUGGUUGUGUUUGUGUAUUCUGCGGCCUUAGCUGCGGAGCCUUAUCCUGAGUCUUGGGGGGAUUGGUCUGUUUUGGGCUACGUUGUGGUGUAUCUUUUUAGUGUCGGCCUGGUUGGGGGGUGGUUGUCCUUUGGUUGAUAUGGGUAUUCGUGGGUGGUUGCUGAUGAGCUUGAAGGGUUUUCUGUCCUUCGUGGGGAUUAUAGUGGUGUGUCCUUGAUGUAUUCGUUGGGGGGUGGGAUGUUGGUUGUGUGUGGGUGGGUGCUUUUGUUAGCGUUGUUUGUGGUGUUAGAGUUGACGCGGGGGUUGAGUCGUGGGGCUUUGCGGGCCGUUUAG